AUGUCGACACUCACUGCUCCCUCGGCGACAGCGCCCCCUCGACUAUACCGGCGGUUUGUGACAUCGGCGCUCCACAAACGAUUCGUGCACGCAGCACUCCUCUCGCUUCUUGUUGCUCUCGGUAAUGCCUUCUGGCUGGGCUCCAACCAGGACCUCUUCUGGUCAUGGUUUCCGUUUGGCCCUGCAGGCAUCAAAGCGCUCCUUUUCUUCCUGAGCAGCCUGCUCAUCUUCACCCUUCAAAUAGCAACCCUUAGGAUCGGCGAACGCACGACUACUUCGCCAUUGGUUACAUUUAGAGCAAGCUUCCUCAGUGCAGCCACUGUGCAGACAGUGAUUCUCUAUCUCAUGUCAGGAUGGUGGUUUACUGAGGCCUACAUCUGGUCAGCUCCAGAUCUCGGCUGGAUCACAAGAGAAGCCCACAAUACCCCCGAUAUGCUCAACGAGAGACCCAUCUUCUUCCGCCUUUACGCCCUGAUACUGGCAGUUGGCUAUGCAGGACGCCACCAAUACCGUGGAUGGUCAUCUCUCCGGAUCCCGAUCUCGAAACUUCCCGCGACGCCCUCAGCAGACGCCAAAGCUCAAGACACCCACUCACUUCUGCCUGUCCAGACACGAAUACAGCAACAACUUCUCACUGCUUUGAGAACGAGCGCCUUAGCGUCACUGAUCACAUUUGUUGUGGCCCCUUUUAUCAACGGUCUCUUCCUUCGAAACAUCUUUUGGCGGAUACAUCUUGCUGUGGCAAAGCUAUUCUACAAUCUGUCGAGAGCAAAUGCUCAUCCCGUCGGCUAUCCGCCCCUCGGAUUCGCUUACCUUUUGCGAUGUCUUUUCGCGGGCUUCCUGCUCGCCUUGACCUGGGAAUUGACUUCCAUGUUGUUACUAGAGUAUCUCUGCCAAGAGCCCACAAAGUCGGGGCUCCCCCUUUCUGCCGCCAGUAAAGAUCCUAAUGGGACCCUCCUCACUGGCUUGAAAGCAAAGCGUGAUGUUGUCCGGACCUUUGCUUUCUGGGAACUGGCUAUCAUUGCGCAAAGACAUAAGGAUCGGAGGAAAGCCAUCUUCGAGGACAUUGAACGUCCAACGGGACCGAUGUGGACCCAGAUGAUGCAGGCUGGUCUAAACGUGUUGCAAGAGCUACAGCUGCGCAUUGCGGGUCCACCAGCUGCCAACCCUGGUGUUCCAGAAACCGUCAAGCCACUGCCUCGCCUGCUCCCCGAAAUGCAGACUCAGUCCAUCUUCGCACCAGAUUCCAAGCCAUCCAGGGCAGAAAGGCUGGCAAGUCCCUUGAAGCAGUUUGGUAGCACCAGGCAACCGUGGCAUCCACCUAUCGAGCAGACUGCCAAACAGGUGGAAAAUAGAUUGCUUGAGUAUGCCAAACCUUCCGGUGCUGAACCGAAAUCUUCAUAUGGCUUGGUCGAGUCAUGGACGACUGAGUUGAGGCGGAGUCGUCUCGGGUGGUUCUUCAAUUCGACAAACACUGCCAAGAUCAAUGCAACCAUCUUGGGAAACCCCUAUGGCAAUGCGGCAGUCCUCAUCGAUGUGAUUGAAGCAUUGACUAAGAUGCAGGUUGCCAGUCUUACGGAGGAUACCUACGGGAAGGCCACACCAACCGUGCCAGACACGGUUCGAACGUUCACCAAGACCUUGAAUCUGGUUGAAGACUAUGUGGCACGAAACAAGCAAGGCGUCGUAGAGGGAAUCGAGGAGGUUGAAAUCAUCAUUGAAAGACUAAGAGCCAGCCUAAAGGAGCUACUUUCGGCUUUUCAAGUCUAUCUGAUCGACCAGGGCCUAGGCAUCGCCGAGCUGAACCAAGCCAAGAAGGCAAUCCAAGCACCUUCGACCAUUCCUCAAAGCCAGGAGAAGCCCAAGUCAAAACCUAAACCUAUCGAGUCGCGAAACGAGCGAAAGCUGUUUCAGAGCGACAAACGGCGAGAGGGCUCCAGGGACAAGGAUGGGAGACGGAAGGAACACAAUGCAGAAGUGGAUGGGCGACGGGGAAGUCAUGAGAUAGAAGACGUGGGCGAGCGAAAUGAGAGUCAUGAGCAUGGGCGUCUGAGAAUAGAUGCGCCCCCUGCAUGGACUCUACCGAGGACCACGACAGGCGGGCCACUGUUCCAAAGGAGGGAAAUGGAACAAGUCCGAUAG